UCUCGUCAUUUGAGGUUAUAAACAAGUGAACACUUUACGUUCCUUCAUUGAAAAGUAGUAUUCGCGUUAGUAAAUUUUUAGGAACUGACUUACAUUUUACGUUUAUAAACCGAUUCAAUGGCACCUAAAGGUGAUAAAAAAGCUAAACCCGCCGCUUCUGGUGGCGGUGGUGGUGAUAAAAAGCCAUCUGGCGAAAAGAAAGACAAGCCUGCAGCUUCAACGUCCGGUGCAAAAUCGGAUAAGAAGCAGCCAGCACCUGCACCGUUGCUAGACACGAAAAAGACCGACAAAAAACCAGCACCCGAGAAAAAAGCAGCGCCCGCCGACAAGAAAGCAGCCCCGGCGCCUGAAAAGAAGGCCGCUCCUGCCGACAAGAAAGCACCAGCCGAUAAAAAAGCUGCUCCAGCUGACAAGAAGGCACCAGCACCUGAAAAGAAAGCCCCUGCCGCCGACAAGAAGGCUUCUGCUGACAAGAAAGCUGCUCCGGCCGACAAGAAAGCACCAGCUGACAAGAAGGCUGCCGAAAAGAAGCCUGCCGACAAGAAAGCUGCUGCAGCUAAACCCGCCGAUAAGAAGAAGGAGGAACCUAAAGCAAAGGCCGAGGCAUCUAAAAAGGGUGAACAAGCCAAACAAGGUAAGGGUGCCGACAAAGGAACAAAACGACCAGCCACUGAAAAUGAAAAGGCUGGACCAGCUCCCAAGAAAGCCUCUGGCCAGAAAGGUGACAAUAAGCCCAAGAAAGAAGCCGAUAAGCCUAAGAAGGAGGCCGAUAAGCCUAAGAAAGAAGCAGCGGCUAAGAAGAAGAGUGCCGAUGCACCCAAGAGCGCUCCUCCUGCAAAGAAAGCAGCUCUAGAUCCGGCUGCACAAAAAGCGAAAAAGGCUGCCGCACCUAAAAAGGACAAGUCGAAGGCUGCUGCUAAACCCAAAGCCGGUGACAAGAAAGACCAAAAGGCCGGUGACAAGACAAAGAAACUGGUUAAAGGUAAAUCAGCCGCUGCCAAGAAAUUGACCAAGGGUGCUGCUGCCGCAGCCGCUGCUAAGCUUAAGAAAGAAAAGAAGGCCGAUGGUACUAAAACCGAAAAGAAGAAGGGUGUCAAAGGACUGAAAGUUGGUUCGAAACGUGAUGCUGUCAAAAAAGCAUUGAAAUCUAAAAUUAAGACUUUGAAAGGACCACAUGGAACCAGAAUACGUAAAAUUAGGUAUUCAGUGCACUUCCGUCGUCCCAAGACAUUCAAGCCUCCGAGGAAUCCAAAAUACCCGAGGAAGUCGGUGCCCAAGAGAAACAGGAUGGACGCUUUCAAUAUAAUUAAAUUUCCAUUGACAACUGAAUCGGCGAUGAAGAAAAUUGAAGAUAACAACACUUUAGUCUUCAUUGUACACUUAAGAGCUAACAAACACCACAUUAAAGCCGCUGUUAAAAAGAUGUACGACAUCAAUGUGGCCAAAGUGAACACCUUAAUCAGGCCUGACGGCAAGAAGAAGGCGUAUGUACGAUUAGCGAGAGAUUACGAUGCUUUAGAUGUUGCCAACAAAAUCGGAAUCAUAUAAACGUCUAAAUGUUGUAUAUUUGCUUUAUUUUAAUAAAAAAAAAAAACCAAAAAACCAA